AGGUCCUAACCCCUCAAGCACAUCGGUAACUAUUUUUAUAAUUUGGUCGCUCCUCACUACUAACUUCGGUAGAUCAUUUAUUGGUUUUCUCGGACGAUCACUAGUCUCGAGAUGUUGCCCACGCUCACCAGCCGGAGUUAUGUGACUUGAUCUGCAAGAGCUUCUUAAUCGCGUACGAGAUGUAAAGCACAAAAUUAAGUACCACGGUACUACGUAAGUAUGUGACCUUUUGAGAACGGUAAUUGACCUGGGGGAAGCCCCCGUCGCAGGGCGCGUUCGGCGGCAUCAUGACGUACUACCCGCUUGUCUCGAUUAUUGGCUGUUCUCUCUUUGUCGCCCUCGUGCGGCUUGUGCACUUUCAGUCGCGCCCCGGGGACCGCGCGAUCCACUGCUUGGAUCGCAGUAAAUCACCCCCAGUAGAAGGUCCUGCACAAGCUGUCGCGAAUGCACUUCCCCCGAACGAACCACAGCCGGCGGACGGCACGACAGCGCCAAAUGUUGGCGAGCCACCUCCUGCAACACCCUCCGCGACUGCUGCAACCGCAUCAGUUGCGUCACCUACGAGCAGCACGCCAGAGCCACCGGCUACUACAGCGAACUCAGGGAGUAGAAGCACAAAUUGGUGGCCCUGGUCGGCAGAUUCAUCGAAAGCCAGUACUAGUGACAACAGCAAGCAAGAAAAUCCGGAUACAAUAAAUAAAGUUGAUGGUGGUUCCUCGAAGCCAGGGCAGGUGCCGGUCGCCUCGCUGCCGGACUACCACAGUGUCGUCACCGAUACAGGUUUCUGCCGCAAUAGCGCCUGCUGCAUCGGCAGUCUGGAAUCGGACAAGGGGACGCGGCCGUCGACCAUGCAGGGAAAGUGCCUAGACGUCGAACAGUGCGCCGCGAAUGCCCGGCCUUUGAUCGAGGGCCUGCGGCGGCCCCGGCGCUACGCCUUCGUAUUGAGCUUCUUCGGGCAGGUGCCGCAGGAGCUGGACUUUUUGCAGCAGCUUCCGAGCAUCCAGCGCGCCAUCGGGCGCAUGCAAAGCCAGAAGCCGGGGGCUGUCACGGUGGACGUUGUCCUGCUGAUUCACCCGGGCCGGCAGAUUGCCGCGCACUACAAUCCGCUGGACAAAACGGCGAUAAAGCACCUGCAGGCAAAGCACAACGUGAAGGUCCGACGCGUGCCCUGGACCAUUCCCCCGGGCGCCCGCUUUGACCGGGGCAACGAAGGGUGGUGCGGCGAACAGGAUUUCAUCCGCCUGCACGCCUGGAACAUGACGGACUACGAUGCGGUCGCCUAUUACGACAACGACGUCGAGCUCCGCGGCGACUAUCUGCCGCUGUUUGAGUGCGUGGACGGCCUGGAUGUGACUCUUACCACGACUGGCGGCGUGGGCGAGCCCAUCAACGUCGGGUUUUUCGCGCUGAAACCGAAGGCGAAGCUACUGGAGGCCGCCGUCCACUUCUCAAAGGUCGCGGGGUUCGAACCCAAGCGAGGCGGCUGGGCCGACGCAGGGUUCUGGCCGAACCAGUACUACUUCAUCGGGGCGGAGUGCGGCCAGGGCUACUGGCUCACCAUGCUGUUCCGGCGAGACCAUACCGUCGUGCGCGAGGCGUACCGAAAGGCCGGGCUGCCGCUAACCGCGGUGCGGGCGGCGUCCAUCGAUCGCUGUGUGUGGAACUACCAGCUCUCUUCCGGGUGCGACGCCAUUGGCGGCGCGAGGUGCGACAAGGUCAUCGGGCACCACAAGCCCGCCCGGGCCGGGUCCGACGACAACGAGUGUUUGAAGAAGGGAAUUCAACAGUUGUACCGGGAAGACGGGGUGGAAGGUCUUGUAGUCUCAAGACCUGCUGUUCUUGCGGCGAUGAAUACGACAGCUUCACUUAGUACCCCCGCGAUGUUACAGUUGAAGGACUUCCUGCCCGCAAAGUAUCUCCCAAGCGAGAAGCUUGCAGAGACUACGCAGCCGGACGCCUCUGCGGCCGUGUCGCUCGCAAACCUGAAAGAGUUUCUGUCGCUGGGUCCGCUUCCGCAGCGACUCCCGUGGCCGGGACAGUGGAAGAACGGGCUGCCCAUCCAGUGCAAGCAGCCGGACUGGCUGGUCCGCAAAGAUUUGCUGUCGCUCGACGUGAACCCGCACAAGACCAGUCGGCGAGUGCGUGCGGUGCUCGUGGUGAGCGUGAUAACGCCGAAGGGCCAGGAGGAUUGGGGCGCGGCGGAGAAGCGGCCGCCGUUCCUGCUCACAAUGCUCGCGGCGUCGCUGCAGCACCUGCGACGUUUCGGCCAUGGCCUGAUCCUGCGGCCGGACUUCACCCCGCAGCUGGACGGCACCCACUUGCAGGCCUGGCAAAAGAAAGCCUGCGACCGGGAGAAAAAGGACGAACGGCAGUGCAUGAAGGACAUGCAGCGGGAGAACUUCAACUGGGAAAAGCAUUUGAUGCUGAACGACUACCUGCAGUUGAAGUUCGGGUCAUCUGGUACUCCACCGGGUACUAGCGGGGACGAGGACUCGCAGAGGUUGUAUCGGUUUACGCACGUGGGCAUGCUGGACGCGGACGCCGCCUUCGUCAACUUUCACCUGGACUCGCUCGGGAUUCUCGCUUGGAAUUUAGCGAAGACAAAAAAGCAGGUGUUCGUCGGGAACGAAGAUUGGUUGCGGGGGGAGAGCGAAGGCGCGCUGCUUUCGCACGCGAAGCGCGCCAACGGCGGCCUGAUUUUCGCCGCGAACUCCAAGUUUUCGCGCAGCCUGUUCACCGAUACCUUCCAGGCUCACGUCCGCGGGAACGAACGCACCUCGACCCCCUGGACAACGGGCGGCAUCUAUCAAAAUGAAAAAUCCCCCCUCCCCAUAUCAAAACGGAAAUUUGUGAUGCUGAUUUGUGACCACAAAUCCGCUUUGUAUUGCACAGAGGCACUGCGGCCAGAUCCCCAGGCUACGUAGGGGCGUAUGGGUCUAGUAGUUCAGCAUGGCAAGCGGGUCACUUUUAGGGCGAACAGCAUGACAAAUCGCUUCCAUAAUGGGGCGGAAGCUUCUGCCCUUGUCUUCUUGCAAGACAGAUGCGAUUUGUGACCUCAAAUCCGCAACGCAAAUUUUUGGAAACAUACCUUUUUAAUAUGGGGAGGGGGGAUUUUUCCUCUCAAUAGCAUCGUGGCGCAAUGUUCGUCCAACGAGCAGAUCUGUUUGAGCGACUUGAUGUACGGGCCCCCGCGGACGCAGGCCGGGGCGAUUUUCCCCAUGCACCGGUAUUUUCUCCUCGGAUCGGGGAAGUUUUGGAACCGGGGCCGCGCACCACAGGCGCCCACGGUGCCGCUUCCGGACCACCAGCUGCACGUCAUGCACUACAUGGGAGGCGGUCGGCAGCAGGCGGUCGCAGAUCUGUGCGAAAAUACGUACAUUGCGCAGGCCAUCGGCGAGAGCGCGCGCAACGUUCUCGGGGUUUGCGGGCAAAGAGUAAAUCCGCCAAUCAGCUGCUCGAGCCAUCCCGAUUCCCUCCUCCUGGCGAAUACGGAUGUUUACCCGAAAAAGACAGCGGAGCCCCAGGACCCCUGGAGCGGUCUAGUCGUUGAUGCCAACGGCACAAAUAAAAAUACGCUGGUCCUCGCGCCGGGGAAAGUAGAGGCUGCGGCCCAACAACCCCCACUGGAACCCGGGGUCACCACACUGCCGCCAGCGGAAGUGAAAAAAUCCGGUGCAACUGUUGAGACGGCCCCCGCCGCGCCCAACGUAGAAGUAGUACUCACGACGGCUGCCCCUGCGAACCCAAGCGCAGCUGACGACCACGCGGACGGUACAAAAAUCAAGAACGCCGCCGGGGCCGGACCGCUUACCAAAAAAUGCGGUUCCGGGCAGCCCCCGACAGAGGCGUGCAGAUUGCAGUACAGCUGCUGCGACGUGCAGAACUGGAGCUGCUGCGGGGAGGAUAAGUUUGUCGUGCAGCCGAGGCGGGCCUUGCGGAACACGACGGCCGUGGGGUUUUACCUGCACGUCGGGGGUCGCGGCGAGUCCGCGGCGGUCACCUACCUGGCUUCCCGGGUGCUGUAUUUCAACCCGGGCGCCCCCAUCUACAUCAUGUCGGACGGCGCCGAGCAGUACGAGGACUUCUGCCGCGAGCUGAGCCAAAAAUUCGACUCAAAGUGCAUCGCAGUGUCGUGCCCGUCCGCGGAGGACCGGUGGCACCCGUGGCCGUUCUUCAAGCGGUUUCGCGACGUGGCGGUGGCGCUCCCGGAGGUCGAGUAUCUGGUCAUGCUGGAGCCCGACAACACCCUGCACUCGGCCGUGGACGUGAGCACGUUCACGCACGACGCGGGCGGGAUCCUGGACCACAACGGGAACUUUGGGGAAAGCCUCGUCCAGUAUGGGGAAAGCCUGGCGCAGCAGCUCCCGGGCAAGGAGACGUUCAAAUGGGUCUACAAGGGCACGUAUCAAGUGCAAAAAUGUCUGCGUCUGGAAGGAUGUAACCUGUGAUGCGCAUUUCAGAACACACAAAAAUCUCUCAUGCAUAGGUAGCAAAAGCUGCCCACUUUCUGUCACCAAAAUGGGGGACUUGUCAUGCGUGUUCGGCAUUGCGGAAGCUUGUCGAAACCUGUGAUGCUAGAGCUUCCAUGCCAGACCUUCUGCGUCAUGCAGAAACAGCAUGACUCUUCCAGACCCAGACAUAUUUGCAUUUGAUAGCACGGGGCUCGCGGGCGGCAGCUACUACCGGCGCACGGCGAUUUUGGAUGCGUUCGCGGACGAGGUGGCUCAAAAAAUGGACUGGAAGAAGAUCUACAAGCUGGGUCCCAGCGCCGCGGUCUACUCGUCCGACUUUGCGAUGCCGAUCGCGCUCGCGUUCCGCGGAUGGACCUACGCGCCCUGGGGGGCGGUGCGCCAGGCCUACGGGUCGAAUCCCGACCCGACUCAGCCGCAGCGGAACGUCUCCAUUAUCCACUACAACCGCGACAUCACCGGCGGGAAGCCGGCAACGCGCAUCCGCUUGUCCGAAGCCGCCAAGGCGGAGGCCGGGGCGUCCACGACCACCGUGGGGCAAAGUCGGGAGGUGAACGCGGCUCCACCCGCACCACUUCCGGCGGACUGGAUGCUGUCGGUCGUGCGGGCCGGGAGGCGGGUCCGCGGCCCCAAGGAGGAGUGGGCGCGGCGCGCGAUCAACAUCUGCCAGAUGUGUUGGAAUCGGGAGGAGUACGUGCGCCGGUUCGGCACGGAGGUGUGCGCACCGAAGUACAGCUUCAACUACACCGCGGAGAUGAUACCGAAGGACGCGUAUUGUGAAGAAAAAUCCCCCCUCCCCAUACCAAAACGGGAUACUUCUGAAAAUUUGUGAUGCUGAUUUGAGGCCACAAAUCGUCUCUGUAUUGCAAGAACGCAUAUCCAAAGAUCUGGCCGCUUUCGGCAGGCAAUUUGUAAUGCUGUAUGGCCUAGGGAGGACAUGCCUGCCUUGCUAGGCCCCUACAGCAAAACGGCCCUACUCCAGCUUUGUAUCUGUGUGCAGUCCUCUACUGCAAGACAAAUCCGAUCUGUGUACGCAAAUUCUUCAUCACAGACUUCCACUUCGAUAUGGGGAGGGGGGAUUUUUCCUUUUGAUAACGCGAGACCCGGGCCGGCGGGGGCGAUACAGCGGAUGCGAUAAUACGUAUCGACUCUAUCGAUCACGCUGUGCACGAAAGUUUACCGAUCUUUUCGUGGAACCUCUGAGGCGUAUAUGAAAGAACUUUUGCAAUGUGCGUCAUGAUCUUCACGCAGGCUGUCGAUAGCAAUGUCGCAAAGAUGAGAUGGUGCACAACUUUUGCAUAGGAUAACCACUUUUACAACAGCAUUCAUAUAGGAAAAAAC